AUGCCUCCUGAAGACGAGAACACAGCUCUGUACGUCGAUGAAGGGGUGAACUUCUCAGUCCAACGAGACCAGGAAAUCCCUACUCCAGCUGAUGAUGAAAUCCUUAUCGAAACGCAAUUUUCUGGAACCAAUCCCGCUGAUAUCAAGCAUGCCACGCUCCUAGGCAUUUAUCCCGCAGUCCUUGGAUAUGACUUUUGCGGCACAGUGCUCAAGGCUCCUCCCAGUUCAGCAUUUCAGCCAGGAGACCUAGUUGCUGGAUACACACCCACUGGAAUAAACCGACCGCCCCGAUACGGUACCCAUCAACGAUACUUGGCAUGUCCCGAGGAUAUGGUCUUCCCAGUCCCUGCAGCACUCCCACCACACCAUGCUGCGAGUUUGACGGUGGUGGCCAUGACUGCUGCGGAUGCUAUAUUUAAUAUCUUCAACCUCCCUCUGCCACGGCAUGACAAUCAAGCGAGAACUACGAAGCCCUUGUUAAUUUGGGGCGCCUCAUCGAGCGUUGGUCUUUGUGCUCUCCAGCUCGCUCGUGCAAGUGGUAUUCAUCCGAUUAUCGUCACUGCUUCCCCAGAGAGACAUUCCCUACUACAGGAGCUCGGAGCCACUCGCUGCUUUGACUACAAGUCUUCCAGUGUUAUUUCGGAUAUUAAAGCGACCGUGAGAGAUUCUCAGUGGGGUCCAUUGACAUGCGGAUUUGAUGCAGUGGGGAGCCAAAAGGGAGGUGUCGGCUCCGCACAGCUAGUUGCUGAGUGCUGUUCGGAGGAUGCAACGCUUGUAUCUGUUGUUGUUCAGAGUGACUCCAAAUUCAAGAUGCCUAUUGCCACGCCGAACAUGGAUGUAGUUAUCAAGGUCCAGAAUGUGCCAUUUCCGAUCACGAUCCCUGCAAGACCGGCAGGUUAUCAGCGUGCGUGGUGUGCGCUGACCUGGGCUGUGGAGAAUUAUGGUGUUGAUUUUCGACUUCCUUCUGUCGAUUUAUUUGAAGGGACGGCAGAAGAGGCGUUAGAGGAGUUGAAAGCGAUAGCAGAUGGAGGAAGGUUUGGGAAGCUAGCGUUAAAGCAUCCACUACAGUAG